AUGACUGAAGAUAGGAUCACUUGGAGCAUGAAUGUUAAUGAAUUUAAUUGGAAGGGAAAUGACUUAGUGUCAGACUUUUCAUUACCAUAUUCUAAUCAAUUAGAUAGAAAUAUUAUUGAUAAUUCGACAACACAAUCAAUAUACAAUCGUAGUAAUAGUUUUCCAAUGGGAUCAGGGACUGUUAAUGAGGAGAGCUACUUUGUAGACUUCAGUAAGUUUACAAAUUCUAUGGGAACGAGUAUAUCAUCCGUAUCAGAAUCUUCACCACUCAAUUAUGAUGUAUUUGCCCCAAGUGAAUACGAUUAUCUUAUGAAUUUGACAAAUAGUGGAUUAGAUAAACCUAUUGGUGAUAUUUCAAAAUUUCAGAGAUCUUCCACUUUAGACUUAUCAUGUUUUAAUUUUGAAUAUGCAUAUAAACAUACUAAAAAUACUUCAAUGGUAGAUAAUACAGUCACAAAACAGAGAUUAAGUGAUUAUUCUGGGGAUGGUUUUGGAUUCGGUAUGCAAAACUUUAAUAAUAGCAAACGUAAUAAAACUAACUCUAAAUUUGUACAAUAUCACAAUACUCAAAAAGUUGAUAAUAGUUUCACUCCAGUUAAGCUAUUUGUUAAUAGAGUUCCUAAAUGGAUGAGGAAUGAGGACUUAAUGAAGAUAUUUAGCAAAUAUGGAGUUGUUGUUGAAUGUAAUAUAAUAAGAGAUUCAAAUGGACCGAAAGGUUGUGCAUUUGUUCGUUUUGCUACAAUUGUUGAAGCCCAAAAUGCUAUUUUAUGUAUUCAUGGUAAGACUGUGUUAAAUGAAGAAGCUGGGCCAAUUCAAGUAAAGUAUGCUGAUGGGGAAAUUGAACGUUUAGGACUAUCACCUGAUGUUCAGCCAUGUGGUGAAUCAGUGAAAGUAUUUGUUGGUUGUCUACCUAAAACUUGUACGGAAGCGGAGUUAUUGACAUUAUUUAGGAGAUUUGGACAUGUUGAUGAAGUUCAUAUUAUUAGAGAUGAUAAUAGACAAAGUAAAUGCUCUGCAUUUGUUACAUUUCCAAAACGUUACAUGGCUGAAAAUGCUAUUGUAUUUCUAGAUAAGAAGUACAUAUUAGAUAAUGGCAAGAGACCAAUUGAGGUUAGAUUGGCAAGGAGUCGUUCUAAGCAAAAACAGUUGAGUAGUAAUCAUAAUAAUGUACGUCGUACAAAUGAACCAAAAUUGACAAAUACUAAUCCAAAUAAUAAUACUAAUAGUUAUAAUAUUCUAAAUAAUAGUGGAAAUUAUAGUAAUGCAAGUGGUAGAAUGCAGAAUAUGGACAAUUACCAAUUUACAAGUCAAUUGAAUUAUCAGCAUAAUAUAGAUUUUAUGCUUGAUAAUACUAUUAAUGAAGUUGGUGCUCAGUUGGAAGAUAAUCCUCAAUCAAGUAACUUUAUUACAUCUGUGAACAAUUCACUUUAUAAUGAUGAUAAUGGUAAUAAUAGUAAUAAUCAGGUCAAAACGAAAAAUACAAAUGAUGGUGUUCCACAAUUUGUCCCACCAACAUUUCUUGAUUUUUGGAACAAGCCAAUUGUUCAAGUCUAA